AUGCAUUGGGAGAUCUUACACGCUCUCGUCAAAUGGAGUUCUGCAAUUGUUUCAACAACUUCGCAUUGGGGUCUAUUGGGAGUACAAAUCAAACAAAGAACGCGUCGCAAUGGAAUAUUUGAUGCAGAUAUCCUGCGAUAUUUCGACCUGUCAGACUCGAAGGACAAGUUCGACCAUGGUAGAGGUAGGGAUUAUGGGCCUACGAAGACCUAG